AUGGUGCUCUAUUUCACCUCCUCCGUCGUUGACCCGUCGGGCUUCAUUUACGUCGGCAAGGACAAGUUCGAGAGUAUGUUCCACGCGGAUAAACUCUCCAGCGCACAUAUUUACCUACGAAUGAAAGAGGGCCAGACAUGGGACGCCCUCCCCGAAGAGCUGGUCAUGGACCUGGCCCAAUUGACAAAGGCCAACUCCAUCGAAGGUACCCGUCUCGCCCUUCUCAUCUCAGCACCCGUCUUAACACCACCAGGCAACAAGAAGGACAACGUCACAAUCAUCUACACCCCAUGGUCCAACCUCAAGAAGGACGGCAGCAUGGAAGUUGGCCAAGUCGGAUUCAAGGACCCCCGCAAAGUCAAGCGCAUCCUCGUGCCCCAGCGUGAGAACCCCAUCGUCAACCGCCUCAACAAGACAAAGGUGGAAAAGAAACCCGACCUGAAGCAGGAACGCGAUGACCGCCUCAAGGAGCUGAGACGCCGCGACCAGGCUGUCUUCCUAGCAAGGAAAGAGGAGGCCAAGCAAGCCCAGGAGUGGAAGGAAAAGAAGUAUCAGAAGGAUCACGCUUACGAUGACAUUUUUACGGAGGAGCUCAUGGCUGGCUCGAGUAACCAGGACCGCGACGAGAACUGGGAGGACGAUUUCAUGUAA